CCAAAUCUAACUAUCCCGCCCUCUCUCGAGUCUCGACCAAAUCCCUAUUUUCGCCCUUUCGUAAAUUUCCCUCUCUCUCUCUCUUCAAUCAAGAAAUGGAGCAGCGAGUGGAGAAGGAAGGGAAGAACAGAAAUGCUACAGAAAAAGGUUUGAAAAAAAGAAGAAGAAAAAGGAAAAUUCGAAGGAGAAUAGUUGAUACACACAAAGUUCAUCUCUGCUCAGAUGUUCCUGAAGGUGUCAGUCCAUGUAUUACUAAGUACUGGUAUCAGCGUUACAAUCUUUUCUCGAGAUAUGAUGAAGGCAUUGAAAUGGAUGAAGAAGGGUGGUUCUCUGUUACUCCUGAAGACAUUGCUAUUAGGCAUGCUGAGAAGAGUGGAAAUGGUUUGGUGAUUGAUUGCUUUUCAGGAGUUGGUGGCAAUGCCAUUCAAUUUGCUCAUUUACUAUUUAAACCCGAGCCAAAGGUUCAGAUACUCAGCUCGGACUCGGUCAGGGUGAGCCCACAGGUUACAGUCCCGAGCAGAGUACUUAAACCAUGUACAUUGUGUUGUCAUGUCAUUGCCAUUGACAUAAAUGCCCGAAAGGUUGGAUACUCCCUCAAUAAUGCAAGAAUAUAUGGAGUUGAAGAUUACAUUGAUUUUAUUAUAGGGGAUUUCUUCCUUCUUGCUCCACUUUUGAAGGCAGAUGUGCUUUUUCUUUCACCGCCAUGGGGCGGCCCAAGUUAUAUUGCAGCUGAGAAAUUCAGCCUUCAAAUGCUAAAACCAAAAGAUGGAUAUUCACUCUUCCAAGUGGCUCAAAAAACAACUCCAAAUAUCAUAAUGUUUUUGCCUCGAAAUGUAGAUGUAAAUCAAGUUGAAGAGCUGUCAUGGCUGUCUUCUCCUCCUCUUGAAGUUGAGAUUGAAGAGAAUUAUGUGAAGGGUAAAUUGAAAGGAAUCACUGCCUACUUUGGUGAUAUUGCAUAUGGUUGAUCCACAUAACUAGAUGUGUGCUUUGUGCAUUUUCAACUACUUGAGUGGAACGAGUGUUUACUCCCAAUCAAUUGCACGUAUAUUGAUCUCACCAAUUCAAAAUAUGCCUCAACAAAAACUAACUUGACCAUAUAUUUUAUUUAUAUAUAUAUGGACGGAAUGUUGACUCUCUCCAUAUACCCAACAGUAGAGAUGACCGCAAUGCUGGGUCUCUCUCUCUCUCUCCAUUUCAUUAGACAGUCAUGAACCUAAUAGACCACAGUUUUCUAUAGUUUGCUGGUUAUGGCUUUCUGUCCCAUUUAUAUCUUGCAGAAACCACCUAUGGUUUGAAGCCCUGGUAAUUUAUGAUUUGCAUUCUUUGCAGAUCAGGUAGAUAUUUUGGGCUGGUUCUUUUUAUCUGCCAUAAAUAGUGGGGUUGAGGUUGUCUUGUUGAACUUUUGACAGCAUAUGUGGUACUUUAAUUCAGCUUUGUAAAGGAACUUUAUUUUUGUUGGACAAAUUAUGUUCAAUAUGUAAGCCUAGAGGAAGUUUAAGAUUUACCCUCGAGGGAAAUAAUCGUCUAGAAAAUUAUAUGACAAAAUUUUGAUGCUA